UGUAGCACGCCACGCCACGCCGCGAGAAGCCCAGAACGAUCUCCUCUUCUGUUGCGAUCGCUAGCGCUCAACUCGCCGACAUGGCAGAGGAAGGGGGCGGCGCGGAGGAGAAGGCCGUCGUCGGGGCAGGAGAGCAGGAGGGGCAGAUCGUCGUCGCCGGAGCGGCGUACGAGGAGGAGGAGACGGACGGCGGAGGAGGAGCCGCAGGAGACGAGGAGAUCGGCAGGGGCGACGGCCAGUUCAUAUUCAUUCCGCCGCCGGGGUUCCGGUUCAGGCCGAGCGACGACGAGCUGAUCAGGUACUACCUGCUCCCCAAGCUGCAGGGCCGGGGCCACGCGCCCAACCGGGCCAUCAUCGAGCACAACGUGUACCAGUGCCACCCGGACGAGCUCGUCGGACAAUACAGGGGCCGGGGAGAGGGCAAGAGCUUCUACUUCCUGUCGCCGAGGGUGCGCCGGUACGACAACGGGGACCGGCCGCGGCGGGACACGGACGACGGCCGCGGGCGGUGGAAGGUGUCGACGGGCAAGAAGGACAUGGGGGAGGAGAAGAAGGUGGCCGGCGACGGCACCACCCGCUACUGCAUGAGCGUGCUCAACUACUUCGAGAGCCCCAGAGGCGGCGGGCGCAAGUCUGAGUGGCUCAUGAGGGAGCUCACCGUCCCGGCGUACGAGAUCAAGCUCCCCAAGGACGGCGGCCCUGGCGGCAAGACGUUGGAUAGGUACGUGAUGUGCAAGAUUUACCUCAAAGACGACAAAGGCGACGACGACGAGGAGGCAGGGCCCAGCAGCGCCUCGCCGCUGCACCUGCACGGGCCGGUGGAGGGCGACGAAGGGGCGACGUCGGCGGAGCUUCCAAAGCUUUCGAAGAAACUGGCGGGCAAGAGGCCCGCGGAGGACCAGCAGCUGCGGCACGCCACCGCCGCCGCGAGGAAGCGGGCUCACCACUCCUCAAAAUGCCUGCAAAUCGAGCCGCCAGCACCACCGCUACAAGGCAACGGCAUGCAGGCUCCGUUCAGCACGCCGGGAUGCUCAUACUACGGUGGAUCAGGGCAGCCCAUGCUCAUGGGGUAUCACGCUGGCGCGGCGCCGAUGCCGCGGCCAAUGCUGGCGUACAACAACGGCCAGGUGCACGUGCCGCGGCAGCAGGUGGCGUACAACGGGCAGAUGCCGGCGAUGGCGCGACAGCCGGCGGCGUACAACGGGCAGGUAGCGUACAACGGGCAGAUGCCGGCGAUGGCGCGACAGCCGGCGGCGUACAACGGGCAGGUGGCGUACAACGGGCAGAUGCCGGCGAUGGCGCGACAGCCGGCGGCGUACAACGGGCAGGUGGCGUACAACGGGCAGAUGCCGGCGAUGGCGCGACAGCCGGCGGCGUACAACGGGCAGGCGCCGGUGAUGGCGCGACAGCCGUUGGCGUACAACGGGCAGGUGCCGGUGAGGCAGCAGCAGGUGGCGUUCAACGGGCAGGUGCGGCCGCCGCCGUGCCGGCUCGCAGGUAGCCCCCCCAACAGCUAUGGUCAGAAUCUGACAAUGAUGGCGCGGCCGUCGUGCCCGGCCGGCCAAGCAGUGAACCCGCAGAUGCAGAAGCAGCCGGAGACGGAUGAGAUGCGCGAGAAGCGGGUGCUUCAACAGAACCUGGAGGAACACCUCCGGAUGCAGUCGUUGACGCAGCAGCAGCAGCUUGCGAUGGCGUCCACGCAGCAGCAGCGGCAGGCGAUGGCAUUCAUGAUGCGCCAGCAGCAGCAAUGGACGAUGUCGUUCAUGAUGCACCAGCAGCAGCAGCACCAUCAGCAGCAGCAACAGUACUUGGGCGGCGCCAACGCGAAUUACUAUCACCACGAAGGGGCCAUGGUGCUCCAGACGACGAGCAGUUCUCCAGGAGAGGCGGCGCUGGUAACAGCAGACGGUUCGCCGGUCAGUACGGUGGUGUCUGUGGAGGGAAACGAGGAGGACUGCAACAACAACGGGGAUUGCAGCAGCCAUGGUCGGGAGGAGUCUGCGGCUUCGCCGGGCGGGGUGACGGCGCCGGCAUCGGCAUCGGCAGAGGGUGAUGGCCCCCAGCGUGCAUGAUUCGGCACAGUGAUGGACGCACGCAAGUGUACUAUGUAUUGCACAAAGCCUUGUUUCUGUUGGUUUAUGCUCCUUUUAGACUGAGCUCUGCACCAAACUUUUACAGCAGCAGAUAGACCUUCUAUGCUUUAGUCAA